GAGCGAUGGCGGGCGUGGUGGACUUCCAGGACGAGGAGCAGGUGAAGUCCUUUCUGGAGAACAUGGAGGUGGAGUGCAACUACCAGUGCUACCGCGAGAAGAACCCGGACGGUUGCUAUCGGCUGGUGGACUAUUUGGAAGGGAUCCAGAAGAAUUUUGAUGAGGCUGCCAAGGUGUUGAAGUUCAACUGUGAAGAGAACAAACACAGUGAUAGCUGCUACAAACUGGGGGCCUAUUAUGUGACUGGGAAAGGUGGACUAACCCAGGAUCUGAAAGCUGCCUCCAGCUGCUUUCUGAUGGCAUGUGAGAAGCCAGGAAAGAAGUCCUUGGAGGCAUGCCACAACGUUGGUCUCCUGGCACAUGAUGGACAGGUCAAUGAGGAUGGCCAGCCCGAUCUGGAGAGGGCCAGAGACUACUACACAAGGGCCUGUGACGGCAGCUAUGCCUCUAGCUGCUUCAACCUCAGUACCAUGUUCCUGCAGGGUGCCCCCGGCUUUCCCAAGGACAUGGGCCUGGCAUGCAAAUACUCAAUGAAAGCCUGUGACCUAGGCCAUGUCUGGGCCUGUGCCAAUGCCAGCCGCAUGUACAAGCUGGGGGAUGGUGUCGAUAAGGAUGAAGCUAAGGCUGAAGAGCUAAAAAAUCGGGCCCGGCAGCUGCACAAAGAGCAGCAGAAAAAUGUCCAGCCUUUAACGUUUGGGUAGUGUGGCCCGUCCUCCUAGGCAACAGUCAGCUUGAGGCUGGCACCUCCUAUUUCUGAUGCAGCCCUUGGAGGUCGACCUGCUGGAGCAGAAAGACUUGGGAUUUAAUAUCAAUAACUCUGAUUGUAUAGACCCAUUGCCACAGAGUGUCACCUACGGGGAUGUAGUCUGAAAUGUGUAUUUCAAUCAGUAUUCCUUUAUCUGGUGUGAUCCACAUUUAU